AAACCAGAAGCUCCGUGUCUUAGGGUGCUGUUUGCUGUGAAAGGGCCCCGAAUGGAGGCACACUUGUGGCUGUUUUUUUCCUGUCUUGGGAACUCUGUGCUCAGCAUAUCUGGAGUUUAUUGUGAAAUAAGCUAUCAGAGAUGCUAUGCCAAUACUGCUGCUUAGAUUGUGGAGUGAGAUGAAAAAGAACUCUGCAGAUUCAAUGUGAAUCCAGAAAAAGCCAUUUAUUGUGCUUCUAAACGUUGUUAUAUUUACUUCUUAUCUUGGUCUACGUAGUCAGCGCAUUGUUUAAUUGGUAGCUCUGCUUUGUCCUCACUUCUCUUGAUUGCUAGCUCUACUUCGUCCACCAGGCAAGCAUGCGAUUGUGAGCGGCUCCUACAAGAACAAGAGCCUUUGUGCCAACCCAGAGGACACGUGUGACUUUAACAGGGCUGCCCACCUGGCCUCCACGCCCUUUCACGGGGUGCUAGCUCAGAGAGUCCCAGCUCCUGCUUUCUCUCAGAGUGAACUGAAGGACGAUAGCCCAGAAUCCAAGAGUGCACCUCUGAAUCAGGAGACACCGGUGGGUGAAGAGGCAUACACUGAAGCUCUCAGUGUAAAGAAACUCAGGAUUAAAGGAGAAGUGUUCAGGAUUGGAGUUGAGGUGGUCAUGUCCCAGGAGGACAGCCACGAGUGGGAGCUGAGCAAGGAGAAUGUGCAGCCCCUCAGGCAGGGACGGGUGAUGUCCAGCUUGCAAGAGGCGCUGUCUCAGCAGGACUCUUCCAGCCACACUGCUGUGCAGCUUAAAAAACAGGAGUUUGAAGCAGAAAUACGAUUUUACUCUGGAGAUGAUCCUCUGGAUGUGUGGGAGCGGUACAUCAGGUGGACAGAGCAGACCUUCCCCGGGGGUGGCAAGGAUGGCAACCUGGCAGCUGUUCUGGAAAGGGCAGUGCAAGCCCUCCACGGGCAGCAGCGAUACUACCAAGAUCCUCGCUAUCUUAAUCUCUGGCUCAAGUUUGGCGAUUGCUGCAACGAGCCCUUGGAUCUCUACAGUUACCUGAGCAGCCAGGAGAUCGGCACCACGCUGGCCCUGCUCUACAUCACCUGGGCAGAGGCACUCGAGGCCAGGGGCAGCUUCAGGAAAGCAGAUCUGAUAUUCCAGGAAGGACUCCAGCGCAAGGCUGAGCCUUUGGACAAGCUCCAGGCUCAUCACAAGCAGUUUCAGGCACGUGUUUCUCGGCAGACACUACUGGCACUCGAGCAAAGUCCUGAUGGAGACAAUAUGGGAUUGCUGGAAAUUGCAGAGCCUCAGAGAAGUUCGCUGGCAGAUCUCAAAGGCAGAGGGAAGAAGAAAGUGAGAGCCCCCAUUAGUCGUGUGGGAGACGCGCUUAAAGUCACGAACCCAAACAGAAGCUGCCAGCCUCAGGCUUCUCUACAGCUCCCAAAUGCUCCAAGUUUUGCUGUAUUUGAUGAAAAUUCUAUGUCUGGACCUGAGAUUGCCACACUUACAGCACAGUCAUGGCCAGCACCUCCAGUUCCCAGGGCCAAGGAGAAUGAACUCAGCGCAGGACCGUGGAACUCUGGCAGGCGUCCGCGCAGCGCUGUGAGCUCCGGCCUGGAAGUGCCCCCCCCAGUGCCCAGCUUCACCCCCUACGUGGACGAGUCAGCUCAGCCACAAAUGAUGACUCCCUGCAAAAUUGAGCCCAGCAUAAACCGUGUGUUAAGUACUCGCAAGCCUGAGGAGCGGCAGGACCCACUGCAGCGAGUGCAGCAUCAGCAGCAGGAUGCUGAGGCCAAGAAAGAGAUGGUGAUGUACUGCAAAGAGAAAGUUUAUGCUGGAGUGGAUGAAUUCUCUUUUGAAGAGAUCCGAGCUGAAAUCUACAGGAAGAAAGCGAGAAAAAAAGACGAGGAUGAAAUACAAGCCAUAGAACGGAAGAAGGAAGAAAUACAAAGGAAAAUUGAGGAGCUGGAAAAGAAAUUGAAGAAGAAAGAAGAUAACAAGCAGCAGCAACCACAUGAACAGGCAGCGGCAGCCGAGGUAUUGGUAGCUUCCACACCUUUGGGAAUGCAAGGAUUUACUUUUUCCAGUGCAGAAGAAUGUGGGGAGAAACAGCCUCAGUCCCAAAGUGAAUUCCAGGUCUAUGAAGAUAUUCAACUACAUAAACCAUCUUGUUCUGAGGAUGUAGGUCUGCUUCCCCCACCGGCUGCUGUUCCAUUUUUCUCUAUAUUUGAUGAAUCCACUGCUUUGACAAAUCAGAAUAUAAGUUGUUCAGCAGAUCGUGCCCAUCAGAAAAGGGCCCGUCAGCCUCUCGCUGUUCGUAAUCCUGUGGAUUCUCUGAGCGCCAAGGAAAGCGCGGCAGCAGCAGGAGCAGGAGCCUGUGAUGAGCUGAAUGGAAUUGAACGUUUGAGUGAGGAUGCGAUUGUGAGCGGCUCCUACAAGAACAAGAGCCUUUGUGCCAACCCAGAGGACACGUGUGACUUUAACAGGGCUGCCCACCUGGCCUCCACGCCCUUUCACGGGGUGCUAGCUCAGAGAGUCCCAGCUCCUGCUUUCUCUCAGAGUGAACUGAAGGACGAUAGCCCAGAAUCCAAGAGUGCACCUCUGAAUCAGGAGACACCGGUGGGUGAAGAGGCAUACACUGAAGCUCUCAGUGUAAAGAAACUCAGCCCGAUCAUGGAAGCAAGCCUGGAAGAUACUCACUCGUCAGGUGCUUCAGUCUCAGGAGGUUCUCUGUCCUCUGUUACACAAACAUCUGCUAUUAAGUACCUGCAGAUCAGUGAGAAACUGGAGCUGGCUCAGAGCUUGCCUGCUGAAGGGGUUACUGAUUCUGGAGGUGGAGACCUUACUGAUGAUGAUGUGGCUCAGUUCCUGUGGAGCCCUGAACAGCGUAAAAAGUUUUUAGGCUCUGUGCUGUCAUCACUGGCUGCUUCUCCAGAUUUUCACUUGGAGGCUGGAGCUCUGCCUCACAUGGAGGUUGAGAAUGACGUUGAGCUGGGAAAUGAGACUUACUGCAUCAAAAUGGAAUAUUGGAACAACGAAGAAUACAAGAUGUUUUUUGCCAUUCCAACUGGAUGCAUUUUCCAGUGGGAUGCAAAGGGAUUUGCAAUAAAGGUGUAUUCUCAGCCUGUGCCUUGGGAUUUUUAUAUCACCCUUGAGUUACAGAAGCGUUUGAAUUCUGACUUUGACCAGAGCUUCAGUGAGAAUUGCAGCUGUUACCUGUACCAGGAUGGCUGUGCCAUUGUGCACAAGGAUACAAAUUGCUUCACACUCAGGGAUAUUCUCCGUGACCGUAAGUUCAUCACAAAGGAAAUCAUCUUCUUGGUUGUUCAUGAUCUUCUGCAUGUGGUAGAGAAGCUGCACAAAGCUGAGAUUGUCCAUGGAGAUCUGAGGCCAGAGGUGUUGUUUCUGGGAGACAGGAUCUGCGACGCAUUUUCUAAUGAGGAGGUGCCAAAUGCUCUGAAGGUGGUGGAUUUCUCUCACAGUCUGGAUUUGAGGGUACUGCCUCGAGUCAGCUUGCCCUAUAACUUUCCCACAGCUCAGACCCCUCAUGGACAACAGCUUCUGGCAGAAAGUUCUUUUCCUUAUCAGGUUGACUUGGUCGGCAUUGCAGAUAUAGUCCACUUGCUGUUGUUUGGGGAUCAUAUCCAGGUCUAUCAGGAGAAUUCCGUCUGGAAAAUCAGCCAAAACUUAUCAAAGACCCCUGACAGUGAUUUCUGGAGUAAACUUUUUGAGAGAAUUCUGAAUGCAGAUGGUAAGUCCACAGUACCUCUGCUGAGGGAGUUGAGAGAGGAAAUCAGUGAAAUGUUUGACAGCUCUUUCAAAGAACGACUUUUGUUGACCUUAGCUGCCGUGGGAGAAACUUUUCUCCUGGUGAACUUCCAGUGACUUCAUAGAAAACAAACACAUUUUGUAUUCUAGAGAAGAAUUUGUUGUUGCUUUCUUAUGUUUUCAAAUGUAAACAUGAGAGUGAUUGGAGCCAUUUCUGCAAUACUUCACAUGGGACUUGCUCAAGACUGUUUCUAUUGCAUGAGUUAUGGAAAACCUCCUGAGCCUCUACAUGAACCUUUUUUGUGUUGGAGCAGUUUGUGAGAGAAAAUUGUUUGUCUUAACUGCCACCUCCCCUUCUUGUACAGCUCCUUAAAAAUUUAACACCUACCUUGAACCACACUCUUGGAAAUGUCUUUGUCCUGCAUUCAGUUGGUCUUUUACUUGGUGUUGAAUCAAUAAAGUUGUGUUUUGGU